AUGGUUGAGAAAGUCGAUCAAUCACGACCGAAGAUUCUGACUCUCUCGUCUCCGAUACAGGAGAGUGUUGAUCAGAGUGAUAUGGAGAUGGUUGGGGGAUUUCUAAAGAAUUGUUACUAUUGCAAGAAGAAGAUUCUUGAAGAUGCUGAAGUUUUCAUGUAUGGGUUAGGAUUUGUGAUUGAUUUUCUCUCCAAGGCAACUCUUGUUAGGUUUAUGGUUGGUGCGACAAUCAUAGUUUCAUUGCAACAACUGAAAGAGUUGCUCGGGAUAGUUCACUUCACCACCAAGAUGUAG